AAUCUCGCUAUCUCUCGCUAGAUGGCAUGACGUAGCCAUCAUGGCAGACGAUGAAUUUUUUUUCGGGAGUUGUAACUUCCAGUUGUGAAUAAUUCAUGAAGUUUACUUCAUCUGGGGAAGUAAUUUUGAUGCCUUACGGACCAAACCAUGGGGAGGUCAAGAGUUGAGAAAUUCUUGGAGUACUUGAAGGCGGGAGAAGUUCACAAAGUGAAGUCAUAUCUCAGGAAACAUAGCGGUAAAAUUCGUUUGAAUUCUCUGCGAGUCGAGAAGGAGAGAACGCCGCUACACAUCGCCUGUCUUCUCGGAGAAGACGCCUGCAUGAGGAUCUUACUGAAACACGGAGCUGACACAGACGUGGUGGACACAGAUGGAAACACUCCCCUUCAUCUGGCACUGCUGGAUGUCCUGAAAGGCAACGUACAUGGCUACUAUGACAUGGUCAUGCCCCUAUUGAAGGAAUGCCCUGAAAAAGUUCUACACCAGAGAAACAGGAAAGGAGAAACCCCCCAACAGUUACUGGAGGAGAGCAAAGAACUGAUGGAACAGAGGGCAGCAGAGGACAAACAGGAAGAGAUGAGGAAAGAAGAAAGGGAAAGCAAAGCAGAAGAAGACAGACGAUGGAGGGAAAAGCUGUGUGGAGAAUGGGAAGAUGAAUAUGAAGCAAACUGGGGAAUAUUUGAAGAUGUAGAAGAGAGAGAAGCAGACACGUAUGACACCUGGGCUGACAGACUGUCCGAGCAGUUCCACAGGAAACACCGUAAAAGAAGAGCACAACAAGAAACACUGUCAGCAGAAGACAAGAAGAAGCAAAAACAGCAAGAACAAGAAGACUUCCAGAAGAAGCUAGAAAAAGAACACCAAGAAUAUCUAAAGAGAGCAAGCAGGCGUGACAAAGAAACCCUUCUAGCUAAAAAGCAAGAGUACGAAAAGAAAUGUAGUGAAGUUUUUCAACAGGAUGCAUUACAAACACUUAGUUACAGUGAUAUACCAUGGCCGAAUACUAAGGGCAACAUCAGGGACAUGGUCAAGGUUUUGUUCUGUGAUGUUGACAAAUCUGACAAGGAGAACUUUAAGAAGUAUCUUAAGUCUCAGCAAGUUUUGUGGCAUCCAGACAGAUUUCUACAAAAAUGUGGAGCAAGGUUAAAAGAGGAGGACAAGGAUAAGAUCUUGGAGAAAGUGACAGAACUAUCUCAAGAACUCAACAGACUGGCAGCUGAUGGAAAUGAUAAGUGAGAGAUACAUAGUAGGGUGUACCUAAGAAUGGCCAGUCCAAUGAUUUUGCGCACAAAGACGAUAUUUAUUUACUGGUAUAUUGUCAAAAGAUUACAAAAGUUCAGUAAGUUGUACAAAGUACAUUGAACCACAGCUCACUUAAACUAUGUUUGAAAUUAUAGAUAUGCAGACUAGUUUGUAUGAUUUUUUGUGUGUGUGUUUACUUCUGAUCAUGCCUCUGGUUUGUAGUUCAAAAUGUACUUUGUACCAGACUACUAUUGCCCUGUGUCUUUUGUGCAAUAAAACACGUUUUUACAUGU